CACAGAGCGUCGGUGAUCGCUCAGAUUGUUGCUGGAAGGAGACAGCGUCGUCGUCUAACGAGAGUCGCGGCGUCUUACAGUGGUUCCUCCCGCGCUCGUGAAGUGUCCUUGGCUUCUCGGCUGCAGGCCCUGGAAAGAGGCGUAUCGAGGCGGCUCGAGAACGAUCCUGAGCACCCAAGCGUUUCCCUUGUCACCCACACAGCGCCAUGUCUUGGAUGUUCAAGAGAGAUCCUGUUUGGAAGUAUUUGCAGACUGUCCAAUACGGAGCCCAUGGAAAUUUUACACGCCUUUCAUAUCCAACUUUCUUUCCUCGUUUUGAAUUCCAAGAUAUUAUCCCUCCAGACGACUUUCUAACUAGUGAUGAAGAACUAGAUUCGAUUUUAUUUGGAACUUUGAGAGGUCAUGUAGUUGGACUACGCUAUUACACAGGAGUAGUUAAUAAUAACGAAAUGGUUGCAUUACAACGAGAGCCUAAUAACCCCUAUGAUAAGAAUGCGAUUAAAGUAAACAAUGUGAAUGGAAAUCAGGUUGGACAUUUAAAGAAAGAUCUUGCAGCUGCAUUGGCCUAUAUCAUGGACAACAAAUUGGCACAAGUCGAAGGGGUAGUUCCUUUCGGUGCAAACAAUGCUUUUACCAUGCCUCUGCAUAUGAGUCUUUGGGGAAAAGAAGAAAAUAGAAAAGCAGUUUUAGAUCAGUUGAAGAAACAUGGAUUUAAAUUGGGUCCUACACCAAAAACUUUAGGAUUCAGUUUGGAAAGCAGUUGGGGCUCUGGAAGAGCUGGGCCAAGCUAUAGUAUGCCAGUUCAUGCUGCAGUACAGAUGACAACUGAACAGCUUAAAACAGAAUUUGACAAAUUGUUUGAAGAUUUAAAAGAAGAUGAUAAAACUCAUGAAAUGGAACCAGCUGAGGCUAUUGAAACACUAUUGCUUCCACAUCAAAAACAAGCUCUAGCUUGGAUGGUUUCACGGGAAAACAGUAAAGAACUUCCACCAUUCUGGGAACAGCGAAGUGACUUAUACUAUAACACAAUAACAAAUUUUUCUGAGAAGGAUCGACCAGAUAAUGUCCACGGAGGAAUUUUAGCUGAUGAUAUGGGUUUGGGCAAAACUCUGACAGCCAUUGCAGUAAUUCUUACCAACUUUCAUGAUGGCAAACCUCUUCCUGUUGAAAGAGUUAAAAAAAGUCAACCAAAGAAGGAAUGUAAUGUUAACGAUGAAUCUAUGAAACUUGAAGGAAGCAGUACCAGUGAAAAGACAGAUGGACUAUUCAAAGGAUCUAGAUGUAGUGGAGAACCCAGUAUUUCAGAUGUCAAGGGAAAGAAUAAAUAUUCCAAGUCAGUAUUGUCUGGCACCCGCUCCAAAAGAAGAAAAAUUGCUGUCCAGUACACUGAAAGCAGUGAUUCAGAGGAAAUUGAAACAAGUGAAUUGCCACAGAAAAUGAAAGGCAAACUGAAAAAUGUACAAUCAGAGACUAAAAACAAAGUAAAAGCAGGAUCUUCUAAGGUUAAAGAAGAUGCAGAAUUUGCAUGUGCACUUACUUCAUCUACCCCUGCAACAAAAAAGAAAGUGUUGAAAAAGGGAGCAUCUGCAGCGGAAGGUUCAAAGAAAACUGAUGUCGAAGAGAGAUCUAGAACAACACUGAUCAUAUGUCCACUUUCUGUGUUAAGCAACUGGAUUGACCAGUUUGGACAACAUAUAAAAUCAGAUGUGCACUUGAAUUUCUAUGUUUAUUAUGGUCCUGAUCGUAUUAGAGACCCAGCCUUGCUUUCAAAACAGGAUAUUGUUUUGACCACAUACAAUAUUUUAACUCAUGACUAUGGAACGAAAGGUGAUAGUCCAUUGCAUAGCAUAAGAUGGCUAAGAGUGAUCCUGGAUGAAGGACAUGCCAUACGAAAUCCAAAUGCUCAGCAGACAAAAGCUGUUCUUGAUUUAGAAGCAGAAAGAAGAUGGGUAUUAACAGGUACUCCAAUUCAGAAUUCUUUAAAGGACUUGUGGUCUCUUCUUUCCUUUUUAAAACUUAAACCAUUUAUUGAUAGAGAGUGGUGGCAUAGAACAAUACAGCGUCCUGUCACAAUGGGAGAUGAAGGAGGACUUAGGCGUUUACAGUCCCUAAUUAAAAAUAUUACACUUAGAAGAACAAAGACAAGCAAAAUUAAAGGAAAACCUGUUUUGGAGUUACCAGAACGUAAAGUAUUUAUUCAGCACAUUACACUUUCAGAUGAAGAGAGAAAGAUUUAUCAGUCUGUGAAAAAUGAAGGCAGAGAUACUAUUGGAAGGUAUUUUAAUGAAGGGACUGUGCUUGCACACUAUGCAGAUGUCCUGGGUCUUUUGCUUAGAUUGCGGCAGAUUUGUUGUCAUACUCAGCUCCUUACAAAUGCAGUGUCUUCCAGUGGUCCCUCAGCCUUUUCUCUAGGAAAUGAUACACCCGAAGAACUACGAAAGAAGUUAAUAAAGAAGAUGAAGUUAAUUCUGAGCUCAGGUUCCGAUGAAGAAUGUGCAAUUUGCUUGGAUUCUUUAACAGUUCCUGUCAUAACACAUUGUGCACAUGUCUUCUGUAAACCCUGUAUUUGCCAAGUCAUUCAGAAUGAACAGCCACAUGCUAAAUGCCCUUUAUGCAGAAAUGAUAUACAUGGUGAUAAUUUAUUAGAAUGUCCUCCAGAAGAAUUGGCUUGUGACACUGAGAAAAAGUCUAACAUGGAAUGGACAUCCAGUUCAAAGAUUAAUGCCUUAAUGCAUGCAUUGAUUGACUUAAGAAAGAAGAACCCCAACAUAAAAAGUUUAGUUGUUUCUCAGUUUACGACGUUUCUGUCUUUAAUAGAAACACCACUAAGAGCUUCCGGAUUUGUGUUUACUCGUUUGGAUGGUUCAAUGGCCCAAAAGAAAAGAGUUGAAUCCAUUCAGUGUUUUCAAAACACUGAAGCCGGAUCUCCAACUAUAAUGCUUCUAUCCUUAAAAGCAGGUGGAGUUGGUUUGAAUCUCUCUGCAGCUUCUCGGGUGUUUUUAAUGGAUCCAGCCUGGAAUCCAGCUGCUGAAGAUCAGUGCUUUGACAGAUGCCAUAGACUUGGCCAGAAGCAGGAAGUUAUCAUCACAAAAUUUAUUGUGAAGGACUCUGUUGAAGAAAAUAUGCUGAAAAUACAAAACACAAAGAGAGAACUUGCAGCUGGAGCCUUUGGAACUAAAAAAACAAACGCUAACGAAAUGAAACAAGCUAAAAUUAAUGAAAUUAGAACUUUAAUUGAUUUAUAAUUUGUGAGAUUUUGGUAAGGUCAAUUUGAUCAGACAUACAGAAGUUUGGGAAAUAAGAAAAAUACAGUUUUAGAAAUGAGAUCUAAUAUGUCUUCUAAAAGGGGCAUAUUUUAUAUCAGUAAAGAGGUAUUACUGAUACAUAAUUUCUGCUAUAUAUAAACCUAUUUUUAAUACUUCAAAUAGCAAUAAGUUCUCUUAUAUACUGUGGCCUAAAAUAAUUUUUUGAGGAAAAAAAUACUUUGUUAUUCAACUUUUCAUAGUAUCUCUGUUGAGUAUUUUCAUAUAUCUUCCACAUACUCAGCUUUUUCAUAUUUCAAGUAACGUCAAACCUUUUAUACUUUUGACCAAAUAGUUAUUUUCUAUGUUGGACACAUUUGCUUUUUCACCAAAGCUUCCCAUUUGUGAUGCAGUGGAUUCAACAGUCCUUAAAAAAGAUUAGUACAUACACAGACCAUAUAAGAGAUUGAUUUUUUUUUUUUUUUAUGCCUACAGCACCCGGUCUUCCUAGGUGGUCUCCCAUCCAAGUACUAACCAAGAGAUUGAUUUUUUAUUGGACUUUCGAAAACCAUAUUUGCAUUUCAGAACCAAACCUUAAAAUGUGAAACCAAAGUCCAGAUUAGUAAGUUUUUUUUUUUUACAGUUUUAUUGAAAUAUAAUUCACAUAAGUAACUUGCAAUUUUAUGUUCAUGAAAAAUAUUAGGGACUGUGUUAGACCACUAUUAUCUCCAUUUUAGUCAGGUGGUACUGUUCAUUGUUUAAAUGUAACUUGGUAUGUUAGUGUGUAAAUACAGUCUGUGGGGGUAAGAGGGAACAAAUUCUACCCAAUUUGAUUUGAAUAUUUAAAUUAUGGAAUUGCUGAAUAGAUAUUUCUAUAUAUAGAUAAUUUUUAUUUAUGUAGGUUUUUUUUGAAAUAACUUUAUAAAGUUUUAUAAUUCAGAAGACUACUAUUUGUGAGAGGCGUGAUAUCUGGAUGACCCCCAAAAUCAUUUUAACUCUUAAAGACAUGUUAAUUAUGAAUGGAAAAAUUUCUUUGCUAUUAUAUUUAGAAUCAGAAUUUGAUUUUGGUCCUUCAGUAGUUCAUCCUUACAUCUUUCUGUAGAAUUAAUCAUCCUUUUGUUACUUUUUUGUUAAUAAUCAAACUCACAGUAGUUGCUACAGAAUUCUUGAUGAUUGAGUCACAUUUAAAACAAAUAAGCUAUAAUUUAGCAGUUAGGUUAAGAAGUUGGUGGUAUUUUUUUCCUUAAGGGAUUUUUUUUUUUAAUCCAAAGAAGAGAUUACUUACUAUAACAGGAGAAGCUUGAUACCUAAUGAUAGAGACUUAAGAACACCUUAUAUUUUACUUACUAGUGUUAGAAGUGACUUGACUGAAAGAUAGGCGAUUGGAGGCAAUGUUGUGUUCUAGGGCACACAUCUAAAGUAUGUGUUAAAUCUGUCAACAGCUAAGUCCUCCCCUCCUUGUGCCCUGUCUCUUGCUCCAAGGAAACAUUAGGAAGAAUCUUUUGCCCAGUCCCUUUUCUUUUAGCAGCAGGUGAGGCAGAGGGCUGAUGAAAAGGACCAAUAGGACUUUCUGCAGGGAUGAGCGUGAAAUAAUUUGGAGUUGGUUCAAUAGCAUUAGGAGCAAUAGGGAAGUUCUUUACCUUGUAGGACUAACAUGCAAAAAAUCGGGUUGAUCAGCAUCUCAUGAAAUACAAUAUGUAGGUUCUCUAUAUAGCAGUAUUCCAGAGAGGUUAAGUACAAAGUUUUCAACAAAAAAUACCACCAUCUAUUUGCUUACAAAAGUGAAGACUUUGCUUGCUUCUUUACCCAAAUAUUUACAGACUUGUGUUUUAAAACAUAUUUAUGAUGAUAAAUUGGGCAAGUGGCUAAAAAUAUACCUGUUUUUGAACAGUUCUAUUAUGGUGUUAAAAAAACAAAUUUAAUUCAUCCUAAGAAAAUAUAUAAACCACUGGAAUGAAAAAUUCACAUUAUACUAUGCUGUAAAUUCUGUUUCAUUAUUAUGUAGAAUGAUAGCUUUAGAAAUAUCUCAGACAUUGUAUUCCACUUGUUCAAACUGGAUUUUGUUUUACAUUUAAAAUCAAUAAAAAUUUCAAAUAUUUA